AUUCAAUUUUAAAAUUCCCUACUAAAGAGCUUCAUCCAACCAUUACUAACAACAACUGCAUUUAUAUUGAACCAUGUGAUUCCAAUACAACACUGAACCUUACUAAUGAAUUUCAUACUUGUAUUGAAUAUUCUGCAGAGACUCAGCCAAUUGAUAACAUAUUGUAUGAAACUAAUAGUUAUAAGGAUAAAAACCAAGAUUUAGUCCAACAAAUUAGGAAGUGGGCUGUGCAGUUUAACGUAUCACAAGGUUGUGCAAAUGAAAUGUUAAAUAUUCUUAGGAACACAGGUCAAAAAGUUCCAAAGGAUAUCCGUACAAUACUACGAGAACAUAAAGAUGUUAGACCAAUUUCAGAAAUUAAAAACGGUUCAUAUCUUAAUUUAGGUAUUUGAAAUAUUGUACAACCUCACUUAUUAAAACAAAUAAAUAAUAUAACUAAUAAUAUAAUAAUAAAAUUAAGUUUCAGUAUUGAUGGUCUCCCUUUGGGUAAAAAUUCUAAGACACAGUUUUGGACUAUUCUCAUGUCAUUCAUAAAUGUAUCCAUUUUAAAAAAGAAAAUUUUUCCAGUUGGUAUUUUUCACAGUUUUAACGGUAAACCUGGUGAUAUAAAUGAAUAUUUAGAACCAUUUAUAAGUGAGCUAAAUCACAUUUUAACUUAUGGUAUUCAAAUUAACAAUAAACAAAUUAAUUUUCAAGUAGCUCACAUUGUAGCAGAUGCGCCAGCUAAAGCAUUUUUACUAAAAGUUAAAAAUCAUAAUGGGUAUUUUGACUGUAACUCUUGUGAAGUCGAGGGGGAAUAUGUGGAUAGAAUUUGCUUUUUAGAUGUAUCUGCACCAUUAAGAACAAAUAACUCUUUUAGGGUAAAAUCAAAUGCUGAAUACCAUAAGGAUGGAUUUAGCCCAUUAAUAGAUCUUCCUAUUGAUAUAACAGAGUGUGUAGUGUUGGAUUACAUGCACUGUGUAUGCCAGGGUGUAAUUAAAAGACUAUAAGAUUUCUGGGUUAGAGGAAAAAAACCAAUAAGAAUGUUAGAGGAAAAAAAAAAUUUUAUUUCUUUAGCUUUAUUCAAUUUAAGAAAAUCUGUACCAUCAGAAUUUGCUCGUUUACCAAGAAGUCUUGAUGAUCUGGAAUAUUGGAAAGCAACAGAAUUCCGUGAAUUUUUACUUUAUACAGCUAUUAGAAUACUGUGUUCAGAUAAAAUUUUUAAUACACAUAAUGAUUUAGCUUCAAAACUUUUAAUAGAAUUUGUUCAAAAUUAUGCAUGCAUUUAUGGUUCAAAAUUUGUUAGUUACAAUGUCCACAGCUUAAUUCAUUUACCUUUUUUUGUUAAUUUACACGGACCAUUAGAUCAUUUUAGUGCUUUCAAAUAUGAAAAUUAUCUUCAAACAAUUAAAAAAUCAAUGAAAUGCUGUAGAUUUCCACUUGCUGAAAUUCUAAAUAAAGUAUUAGCAUCUGAAGGUGAGGAGUUAAAAACUCCUUUAAAUAACAAUUUGUCCCUUAUAGAGUCUUUUAAAGUAGAUAAAAAACUCUCAAAUUUUAGAUUCACUUUUUUCAAAAAAAUUACUCUUCGAUCAAAUAACUAUACCCUUUGCUGUGAUAAUGUUAAAGAUCGGUGUAUAAUUCUAGAAAAUGAGGAUAUAGUGAUGAUACAAAAUAUUUAUAAAUUAAAUUCUAAAAAUGAUAGUACAAUUAAACUAUCUGUUGUUAAAUUUUUAACUGUAAAUAAUUUGUUUUUACAACCUGUACCAAGUAAACUCCUAGGAGUUUUCUCAGUUAAGACUGAUCAUAUAUCUAAUGUUUAUGACAUAUCUAUAAAUAAUGUUAUAUUUAAGUCUUUUUUUGUCAAACUUUCAAAUAAUGAAGCAAUUGUUAUUUCACUUUGCCAUAGUAUGUAA